GCUUUUUAAAUUGUGCAAGCAUUCGAUCGGCGGUCACAAAGUCACUUGUAACAACGACGGUGUGAUCGUGCGAACAACUAGAAUGUCUCUCGAUCAGCAAUUUGAGGCAGCUGCCGAAGCUGUAAAAGCGCUUACAAAACGUCCUAGUGAUGAGGAACUUUUGGAGCUUUACGCCUUGUUCAAACAAGCUACAGUUGGAGAUAAUAACACAUCCAAACCUGGCAUGCUGGAUUUGAAAGGAAAAGCAAAGUGGGAAGCCUGGAAUAAGAAGAAGGGCACCUCGCAAGAAGCGGCGAAGCAGGCCUAUGUCGAUUAUGCUAAUCAAUUGAUAGCUAAAUACAAAUAAAUUUUAUUUAUCGCUGGUGGUAGUUACGUUCCUGCUGUAGUCGCAAAAAAACAUAUUCUCAUGCUUUCUUAAAUAAUUCGCUUUGUUACUUAUUAGUAAGUUAAAUAUUCCCCGAUUUUUGCUACAGUUUGGUUACGUGAAUGUUCCAAUUCGUCCCGAUAAGAUGAUACGAUCGUUCGUAAUCAAACUAAAAAAAUAGAUAAAACCCCGCGUUGCAUAUGACAUGCGAUCAAUCCUUAUCAAUAUAUGGCUGUGCGAUAUAACGUUCUUCAAUCGCGUCGUUUGCGAGAAUCUCAUACGUUCGAUUCUAUGUCUUCAAACCGUAUGUAAUACGUAAUAACAAUUUACAUAAAAUUUUACUUACAAAAAG